AUGUCUUUCAAAGUUCUCUCUCUGCUCCUCGCUUCUCUGGGUUUUGUUUUGAUGGAAGAAAAUGUCUCGGGCGUAAGUAUAAGGACUCCCAGUGCCAGACCAGUGCAAAGACGCUACUCUGAGGCCACCCUGGCAAGCGAUUACAGCCGCACGAUGGAUAGCAUGCUGAAGAAGAACUUUGUGGAAUGGUUGCUAGCCAGACGGGAGAAGAAAAGCGACAACAUCAUCGAGCCAUACAAGAGGGAAGCUGAGCCCCAAGCAUCAGCUGCGAAUGGCCAAAGAUUGGACCUGGGCACCCAGGAAGCCAAAGACUUCUUCGCCUGGCUUCUGAAAGCCAAGAAAAAUCAGAGUUUUACUUCUCCGGAAGGUUUGGAGGGUUCAGAAGGUUUGAAGGAUGUUUUGAACCAGGAGUUUCUGACAUGGCUGAUGUCGACUGAUCUCUGCAGACUAAC